AUGGCUAGCCCAGUCAGCCAUAACGCUUCCAGUCUCUUGCUCGAACCUCUGCCGAGUCUCAAUGUUCCACUCAGCCGCACCAGUAGCAAGGCACUGCGUCGAAUCCAGUUUGUCGGAGCUCUGAGGCGCUGGGCCAACUUCCGGAUAGAAGGUUCGCAGACAUACAACAGCCAGACAUGGAACGAGCGCGAACUAGCGGCCAGGGUGUCAACCAGCCUGCAGGCCGGCUCAGUGGACGAAGAGCACGUUCUUGUGAGCGAUGAGCAUGGCGUACAGAGUAGAUUCGAAGGACGAGCAGAGGAGGUUCUCGGGGUGGCUUUCGAGGCCCAGAAUCAGGAUCUCAAGCUGGGUGGCUUCAGAGGUGCCUCGUCGCUAACCCCGGGAUACAAAAAAGUCCCUGAUUUUGUGCUUGUGAUCUCGUCUCGCGAAGCAAAAGUUGUGGGGGAAGUCAAGGUCCCCUGGAUCAAUGAUCAUGGCCUAAGCAAGGCGAUCUCUCUCUCUCUCUUCCAGACAGGAGAUGAGGAACCUUUCCAGCACCUACUAGGCCAGAUUGCCAAGUACAUGUUCGAUUCACGCCUGAAAUAUGGAGUAUUAACAACAUACCAGCUGACGAUCUUUCUUCGAAAGAUGGACUUCGGUCGAGCUUGGGGACUGGGAUUCUCUCCAGUGAUUCAUCACAAUUUCCGAGGGAGUACUUCAGGAAGGACUAUAUCGUUAUGUCAAAGUUUUUACCAUGUUGGAUUGUUAGCUCUCACGGACUCGCAGUUUGACACACAGACGGGCUUGCGUAACCAAAGAUGA